AUGAAGUUCUGGAUGCUAGCUGUGAGCCUUGCAGCCAUUUUAAGUUUUACCCAAGGGUUUGAUGUCUUGACAAGAAGUAAGAGAACAGCUGUUGAGAGACAUAUCAAGGUCAGACAGGAGGAGAAGUAUGAUAUGGAUUACCUGAUAUUUAAUUAUGGGGACACUAACAAGGACGGACUUUUGUCGGAGGAAGAGGUUAGAAAGCUCUUCAAUUGUGGAACCUUCGCUCCCCACGUGAAUGACAUUAUACUGAAACUUCGGAAGCCUGAUGGCUCCCUGUCUAUGGAUAUCGCGGCUUGGCGGGCAGUGGUGUUCACAGAGGCUGAUAUGAAGGAUUUGACACGGUCUCCUUAUGUGCUUAUUUUAUCCAGGAAUAAUAAAUAAAUUAUGGAAUACCAUUUUCAACUAGAUAAAUAAAGAUAUCAAAAUUAUAA